AUGCGUCGUGCAGCUCCGACGGAUGCCUGCCAUUCCGUUGAGUCCUGGAAUGUUCCACUUCUCGUUAUGCGAAAGGAACACACCAAUCUCAUCUACAAUGACUCAUUCGCCAAUCCAAUGGAUUCCACCUACAAGAAGUACGUUCGGGAUUACGAGCGCGGAAUCGGCGGAUGUUACCCUCACACUAUUCUUCGUAACUCCUUUGUCGCCGCUGAUGUUAAUGAAAUCAUCAAUCCUAGGAUGAUGAACGCCAGUUGGGAGAGUGGACUUCUGUUCAACACAAACCAGGUCACUCAGAAGGUCGGAGCAGUUCGGGUACCAUCAGAUGUUUACUAUGAACUGGUCCGUUACAUUGUUGAUCGAAAUGGCUAUGAAGUCGGCGACAGUGGGUUAUAUUUGAACGAGUAUCAACCGAACCCCUACAAGGCUUGCUUCAAGAACGACUGUCACCCCAAGGGAAUCUGCUAUGACUUAACAGAUCGCACUUAUCGAUGCGAGUGUGGAGCUGGAUUCCGAGAUCUCGAUCCUUCUGAUCCUGGAAAGAAAUGUGUCCCUGUUUAUGGAUUUAAUGAAUGCGAGAAAAAGGAGGACAACGAAUGUUCGGAAAAUGCUCGCUGUAUCGACCUUGAGCACCUGUACAAAUGCGAAUGCUUGCCAUCGUAUUCGGACGCUGCUCCACCAGGAGCUGUUCCAGGAUCCGUCUGCGUUCUGGACUACUGCAGUGAUGUGAACUUCUGCCCGACAAAUACCACAUGUAAGAAUAUGGAGCAGCAGGCCGAAUGCCGAUGUGACCCUGGAUUUACCGACAUCAGAAAAAGCGAGAAUCGUAAAUCCAUUGGACUCAGCGACGACACACUGUGUAUGCAUGUGAGGGACGUGAACGAAUGCGCUCUCGGACUCACCAACUGCUCAGGUAAGCUUCUACGCAAGUGUUCUCGUGUAUCUACGCAGCUUAACGCGAGUGCAACGCUCCUCACAUUGCGGUUGACGUGUGUUUUUACUAGAGACGGUGGGACAUCACAAUGA